AUCUACCCUGGCCCCGAUCCCAAACAAGCCAUCAUGGGUUCACUCGUCUUCUGCAUACACCAUAAACAGGGUUGCAAAUGGUCCGAUGAGCUGAGAAAAUUAAAGGGCCACUUGAACGUUUGCAAGCACGACGCCACUCAGUGUCCGAAUAAGUGUGGCGCACAAAUUCCUCGCAUCAUGAUGACCGAUCACCUACAGUUCACCUGCAAUAUGCGACGCACAAAAUGCGAGUUCUGUCAAAGUGAAUUCUCUGGCGCUGGCCUCGAAGAGCAUGCCGGCACUUGCGGCCAAGAGCCCGUCUAUUGCGAGGCCAAGUGUGGUCAGCGUGUGCUGCGCGGUCGUAUGACGCUACACAAGUCAAAGGAUUGUGCCAAACGCUUGCGUCGUUGCAUACACUGCACACGCGAAUUCUCCUCCGACACACUACCGCUGCAUGCAGCCCAGUGCCCGCGUGCGCCUAUGACAUGUCCACAACGCUGUGAUGCAGGUCCUAUUGCACGCGGCGACAUGGAGGGGCACUUGCGUGAUGAAUGUAAGGCACUAGCGAUUGCAUGCAGUUUCAAGGAGGCCGGCUGUCGCUUCAAGGGACCACGUCACAUGCUCGAAGCUCAUUUGGAAGCAAAUGCAGCGUCACAUUUGUCACUCAUGGUGGCGCUCUCUUCACGCCAAGGACAACAAAUACAAAUGCUGAAGACCGCUGUUUCGAAGCUUUCGAUCAACUACACCGGCACGUUGCUGUGGAAGAUUACCGAUUGGUCGGCCAAAAUGACAGAGGCGCGCAGCAAAGAUGGACUUGAAUUGGUUUCGCCGCCAUUUUAUACCUCGCAAUAUGGUUACAAGUUACAGGCUUCAAUGUUUCUCAAUGGCAACGGACCGGGCGAGAACACGCACGUAUCGGUGUAUAUCAAAGUGCUGCCGGGCGAAUAUGAUGCGCUACUGAAAUGGCCAUUCUCGCACUCGAUCACAUUCACACUCUUCGAACAAGGUGCGCAGAGCGGACAGGGCGGUGUGGCUGAAUCGUUUGUGCCCGAUCCGACAUGGGAGAACUUCCAGCGGCCCUCGAAUGAACCGGAUCAGUUGGGUUUCGGCUUUCCACGCUUCAUUUCGCAUGAAAUGCUGCACAGGCGACCUUUCAUCAAAGAGGAUACAGUAUUUUUGCGCGUUAAAGUGGAUCCCAGCAAAAUUGUGGCGGUCUAAGGGUUAGACGCUUUACGGUGCGGUUCUAAGUGCGUGUGUGAGUGUGUGCAUGUGUGUGCUGGUGCCAAGCGCAAAUUAACGUUUGGUGUAAAUCAUUUUUUUUUUUAUAGACAUUCAAACAAAUACUGUGUAUUUAAAGUAGCAACUAGCAAAGUAAGUGAGUGUAAAAGACAAGAAAAAUGUAUAGUCUCAUGUCGACGAAGAAUACAGAUACGAAACAGAUAUGUAUGUAUGUACGUAGAACAAAAAAAUCGGUAGCUUCGCGAGCGUAGACUUAGCAGCUACAUUGCGCGCAAGCAUAGAGAGCAGUCUGACUAAGUGACGAAAGCUUGAAAGAGAAAGGAAAAAUCUUACGGUAUGUUGAAGAUUUUAAUUUCGUUAAGUGGACCAAUGCAAGUCAAUUUUAUAUAGGCAUAUACAUAUACAUACAUAUAAUUUAAAAAACAUAUUUAAGUGGAUUUACUAAUUAUGUAAUUUUAAAUUUACUGCAAAUACAAACGCAGUUUUCAAAAGCAACGAAAUCAGACCAAAGUUAAUGCAACGAAAAAAGCAGCAAGAAAAAUUAAUAUAGAUUAGCAAUGUAAGCAGAUGACUCCGCAUGGAAAAUGGAAUUUGACACACACAAAAGUUCGUGUCGUAAGUCUUUUGUUAUAAAUU